GUGCUGACAAGGAGCAAGUGUUAGUGAAUGAGUUUGACCCGAUGAGCCUCUCCGGCAAAUUGGGCUGGACCGAAGCAGAGAAGCUGUGCCAACGCAAGAACUCCCAUCUCAUCGGAUUUCCACAAGCGUCGGGCUGCAAGGAGAGCAUUGCGAUGCUGGCCACCGAGUUUCAUAUUGCCUACACAAAGCUGUUCGACCCAGGACACUUUGUGGACGUUGCACACAACUUGCAGAGGUACGACAGCAUAACUCCAGCACCACUCCGACCGCAGAACUGCAGCCAGGCAUGGAUAGGAGGAUCGCAAUCCAUCGCGGAUGGUGUUCAUUGUGUCAAUACGCUGCAUCCAGUUGUAUGCGCUAGGAGGAUAGGCGAUUCUCCAGCCUCCUCUCGGUGUCCUGCCAAUGGUGGCAGUGUUGCAGUUCCCAGCAAGUAUGUCUACCAUCCGUUUGCACUUGACUUCAGACACGCUGUUGAGCUGUGUCGGCGAGAAAACGGGCAACUGGCCGGGUCGGAGGGCGAGCAGAAAACCUGCUCAUUGAGCUUAGUGAGGGAGACUAUGUCCGGACGCAGUGAUGUGGACAGUUUGGAGCUGCACUCAUCGUAUGUAGGCGACAGAUCCUGCCGCUACCUGAAGGUGUCCGAUGGCACGACCCGUGUGGCAUCUUGCCACUUGGCACGGCCAGUGGUGUGCAGAAUAGGUUGGUAUGCUGUAUGUCCAGCGCAAACCAGUGGAAUGAAUCACUGGCUUGCGUUGAACAUCGGCGUUCAGAAUCGUUCUACCGCCGCACAAAGUUGCUUUGACCAGGGUUACCGGCUGUUCUCCUACACUAUGUUUAAGUCUAUGUCACAUGCCAUCCGUCCGUGCGUCGACCGCCUGCUGGAGAGAAUGUGGCUGGGUGGCUUCGUCGACGGCAGCCUUCGACUGUGGACAGACGGCAAUCUUCUGGAGAGGAACGUCAUUUACGAGUUUCCCAGGGCUAGAACGAUCCUGGAUGCCACCGGAGGUGCUUUGGGGCACGUUGUGUGUUACAAGCAGUGUAUGGAUGAGAACUGUGAAUGUGAAUAUCACCGUGGUGGACGUCUCUGUGGUAAACCCUGUCCAGAAACAAUUCUCAAAUACGGUCACCUAGACCGCCAUCCGGUCAGUCUCGACGACAUCUUACCAGUUUGCAGACGAUCAUUUGUACCCACUGGCAUGGUCCAGUGCACGCCGAACGGUUGGGUUCAUCCUCCACACGUCUGUCGCCGCAGUGUUUGCCCUCAUAGGAUGGUUGGCAAUGGUAUUCUCAAAACUACAUCUUUGGGUGACCGAGUUGCCGCCGUCUGUGAUCCAGGUUUCUUGCCUGUCGGCACAGCUAGGUGCGAGACUGACGAUUGGGUCAUCGGACAUGAACUGUGUGUUAAAAGUUUGGAUGCGGUAUGCCCAACUGACGAUCGCCGCGUGUUCCACUGGCGUACACUGGACGUUGGGGCUAGGAAUUUCUCGGUCGCCACAGAGAUGUGCUCGGACAGCGGGUACCGGUUGUUCGGCUUUGCGCUGUUCCGAGAAAUGGCACGGACGCUGCGCAUGUGCGUUAUCAGCAUGCUGAAGGGAAUGAUACCCAACGGGUAUGGCGACGGGCUGGUGGUGUGGACGGACGGCACCGAUCAGUACGACGUCAUUUACAAACAGUACACGCACUGGAACCAGUACAAGCAGGGUGCCCUGAGAGACCGACUGGCUAACGUUGUCUGCUACAAGCAGUGCUUCGAGGAAAGCUGUGAAUGUGAGCGACGUGUUUGCACAGCUCCGCUGGCACCUAAAGCCAGUUUUGCAGCUUCUCCACAAACCAUCAAUGUGUCGCAGGUAGUUAACACUGGUAAAUUCAACAUCGCAGAGUAUUGUGUUGUGUAUGAGCUGGCCGAGGUCUCGGGAGUGGCAGCAGCAUUCAAAAAUGGUACAACAUUUUGCACCAAUACGAGCAGUAUUUCCCUGACUGGGUUAGAGGAAGAUAGCAAAUACCACGUCCACUGUUAUGUGGAGACAACUGCGUCCGCCAGAAGCAAUGACUCAAUCACCUACCAAGUCAGAACUCAACCUGCAGCUCCAUCAGCGGCCCCUAUUCUAAAUGUGACUGAUAUAGCCUGGACUUCGUUUAGCCUGUCCUGGACUAAACUGGAUGUGUUGGAUCAUAACGGCCCCCUCAGUGGAUACCAAGUGAAGAGCAGUGAUGGCAGGGUGUUGAUUACUAAUGACUUGAGUGUUCGACUAACCGGCUAUCAACCCAACAGUGCGUAUGAAGUGAGCGUGGCGGCCAUCGGUUAUCGCAAUCUCACCGGACCCCAGGGAACGCUUCAAGUCAGGACAUUAGCUGAGGCUCCGCUGCCACCUAAAGCCAUUUUUGCAGCUUCUGCACAAACCAUCAAUGUGUCCCUAGUGGUUGGCAGUAGUAACUUCAACAUCGCAGAGUAUUGUGUUGUGUAUGAGCUGGUCUCGGUCUCGGGAGUGGCAGCAGCAUUCCAAAAUGGCACAACACUUUGCACCAAUUCGAGCAGUAUUUCCCUGACUGGGUUAGAGGAAGACAGCAAAUACCACGUCCACUGUUAUGUGGAGACAGCUGCGUCCACCAGAAGCAAUGACUCAAUCACCUAUCAUGUCAGAACGCAACCUGCAGCUCCAUCAGCAGCCCCUGUUUUAAGCGUGACUGAUAUAACCAGGACCUCAUUCAAGCUAUCCUGGACAGAACUGGAUGUGUUGGAUCGCAAUGGCCCCAUCUGGGGAUACCGAAUGAGGGAAAGUGAUGGCAGCUUGUUGAGUAUUAAUUUCUUGGAUAUUCGAGUCUCUGGCAAACAGCCCAACAGCACAUAUGAAGUGAGUGUGGCGGCGCUCGGUUACCUCCAUCAAACUGGACCCUGGGCAACAAUUCAAGUCAGGACAUUAGAUUGACAAACAUGACCAGGACCAGCCAUGCGUUUGUUUCGCCCCAGUGUUCAUCAAUAUCUGUGCAGCCGAUUAUAGCUUGAUAUGGCUACACACCUCGCCUUCACCUACUGCUGUACUUGAUUACCACACCUGCAGGCUUUACAUCUCCCUCCUCCCCAAUCUCAUAACCCUAGGAAGGAACAAUUAGUAUCAUAAUUAUUAUUAUUAUAGUCGUCUGAUCGGGCUGGCUGAAUAGCCAUAGAACUCAAGACUAAGCACGAAAUUUAGCAUUCCUAUACUGUACUGCAAACUUGUGUUUAUGCCUCUCUGUAUUUUGUAAUAUUUUUUAGUACAUGUAUGAAGGAAAGGAAGCUGGCAAGGGUAGAGCUGGCAGACUGCUAGCUGCUCGAUUCGCUCUAUCGCACAAUUCCUGUUCAAGCUGUGCUUUAACUUUAAUAUAGUCCAUAAUUACACGUGUUUUAGUAGUGCCUUCGCGAAAUGAGUGGACAACAUGAUUGGCGUUUUCAUGCCGGAUACUAUAAUUACAGCAGCCUGUCACAUUCUCACUCCCAGUCACAGACAAUAA